AUGAUCAUGUUUUGCUUUUUGUGUCCAACUAUAAUUUGUUUAUAUGAAACUGGAUCAUACUUUGAAGAUGAACCCGUUUCAAUAAUACAAAUUAUUAUCACUGAUGCUCACAGAUUCAGUGUUAUGAGUGUUACAUAUUUUCACGUUCUAUUGAAUAUUAGUGAGUUGAUCUUUGUAGAUAAAAUUGUACUUGAUGUUUGAUACAGAUAGAUUAGACUUUAUCGUCAGAGUCAACAACAACAAUGAUGACAAAUCAUUUCAAACUUAUUCAAAAUCUAAAUACCUUCUUCUGAUCUGUGCAGCAAUUCCAUUUGGUUCCUUAUAUGCCUACUCAAUAAAUUAUCCAAAUUUGAGACCGUUUGGAUUACUUUUCAUUGUUUUACUCAAUGUUGGCAAUACGUUUCUUGAAAUAAAAUUAUAUGUUUUAUCGAAAACAUGGUUCGAAAAAACACGUGGAUUAAUUUCUCUCAAUCAAAGAUAUGAACUAUUUUCUAGUUUGCGGCUUAUGAAAUCAUUUAUACCCGCUUCAAUUAUUGGACUUAUUUUCAAAUUCGUGACUUUAGGAGUGAUUAGUUCGAAAAUGUGGAUUAUAUUGGUCGACAAUGCAACAUUCUAUUUUUCAUACAAUUUGGUGAGUUUGAGAGAAAAAUUGAUGCUCAUAAAAAUCAAAUAAUUUUCAGUUAUGGAAUAUUGAUUCUAUGAUCUUUCCCUGGUUUUUUUUAUUUGCAAGUUGGAGAAUCAAAAUUCACAAGACAAAUAAGACGAUCCCUAUACAACACGAUCAUUUUGAGCAACUCAGAAAAUCUUGGAACUAA